AUGAGGGCCAAUUUAAAGUGCGUCUUCCCUCCUUUUGGGCGUUUGCCCCCGUUCUGGCUGCGGGCUGACCAGACUGGCAGCAAGCAGCGAAGGCUGGCCAUUCACAGGACUUACCUCUGUGCCUUCACCUGUCAUCUAGCCUUGGGCAGGCAGCACACUUGUAUCCGGACUUUGCUGAGGUGGUGUGCAGACCUGCACCUUCUGUUUGGCAGUGAAAGAUGGAAACAGCGUCUUAACAGUGGGGCCAUCUUCCUGCCCUGCCCUCGGCUUCCUGUGCUUGUUAGUCUGAAUGAUUCCCACAAUCAGAUGGUGGUGCACUGGGCUGGAGAGAAAAGCAAUGUGAUCGUGGCCUUAGCCCGAGAUAGCCUGGCAUUGGCGAGACCCAAGAGCAGUGAUGUGUAUGUGUCAUAUGACUAUGGAAAAUCAUUCAAGAAAAUUUCAGAGAAAUUAAACUUUGGCGUGGGAAAUAGCAGUGAAGCUGUGAUUGCUCAGUUCUACCACAGUCCUGCAGACAACAAGCGGUACAUCUUUGCGGAUGCUUAUGCCCAGUACCUCUGGAUCACGUUUGACUUCUGCAGUACCAUCCAGGGCUUUUCCAUCCCAUUCCGGGCAGCUGAUCUCCUCCUACACAGUAAGGCCUCCAACCUCCUCCUGGGCUUCGACAGGUCUCACCCCAACAAGCAGCUGUGGAAGUCAGAUGACUUUGGCCAGACCUGGAUCAUGAUUCAGGAACAUGUGAAGUCCUUUUCUUGGGGAAUUGAUCCCUAUGACAAGCCAAAUACCAUCUACAUUGAACGGCAUGAACCCUCUGGCUACUCCACAGUUUUCCGAAGUACAGACUUCUUUCAGUCCCGUGAAAACCAGGAAGUGAUCCUGGAGGAAGUGAGAGACUUUCAGCUUCGGGACAAGUACAUGUUUGCUACAAAGGUGGUGCAUCUCUUGGGCAGUCAGCAGCAGUCUUCUGUCCAGCUCUGGGUCUCCUUUGGUCGGAAGCCAAUGCGAGCAGCACAGUUUGUCACAAGACAUCCUAUUAAUGAAUAUUACAUCGCAGAUGCCUCUGAGGACCAAGUAUUUGUGUGUGUCAGUCACAGUAACAACCGCACCAAUUUAUAUAUCUCAGAGGCGGAGGGGCUGAAAUUCUCCCUGUCCUUGGAGAAUGUGCUCUACUACAGUCCAGGAGGGGCUGGUAGUGACACCUUGGUGAGGUAUUUUGCAAAUGAACCAUUUGCUGACUUCCACCGAGUGGAAGGAUUACAAGGCGUCUACAUUGCUACUUUGAUUAAUGGUUCUAUGAAUGAGGAGAACAUGAGAUCGGUUAUCACCUUUGACAAAGGGGGAACUUGGGAAUUUCUUCAGGCUCCAGCCUUCACGGAAUAUGGAGAAAAAAUCAAUUGUGAGCUUUCCCAGGGCUGUUCCCUCCAUCUGGCCCAGCGCCUUAGUCAGCUGCUCAACCUUCAGCUCCGAAGAAUGCCCAUUCUAUCCAAGGAGUCGGCUCCAGGCCUCAUCAUUGCCACCGGCUCAGUGGGAAGGAACUUGGCCAGCAAGACAAACGUGUAUGUCUCCAGUAGUGCUGGAGCCAGGUGGCGAGAGGCACUUCCUGGACCUCACUACUACACAUGGGGAGACCAUGGCGGCAUCAUCAUGGCCAUUGCCCAGGGCAUGGAAACCAACGAGUUGAAAUACAGUACCAAUGAAGGGGAAACCUGGAAAACAUUCAUCUUCUCUGAGAAGCCAGUGUUUGUUUAUGGCCUCCUCACGGAGCCUGGGGAGAAGAGCACUGUCUUCACUAUCUUUGGUUCGAACAAAGAGAAUGUCCACAGCUGGCUGAUCCUCCAGGUCAAUGCCACAGAUGCCUUGGGGGUUCCCUGCACAGAGAAUGACUACAAGCUGUGGUCACCGUCUGAUGAGCGGGGAAAUGAGUGUCUGCUGGGACACAAGACUGUUUUCAAACGGAGGACCCCCCAUGCCACAUGCUUUAAUGGAGAGGACUUUGACAGGCCGGUGGUUGUGUCCAACUGCUCCUGCACUCGGGAAGACUAUGAAUGUGACUUCGGUUUCAAGAUGAGUGAAGAUUUGUCGUUAGAGGUUUGUGUUCCAGAUCCGGAAUUUUCUGGGAAGUCAUACUCCCCUCCUGUGCCUUGUCCUGUGGGUUCUACUUACAGGAGAACAAGAGGCUACCGGAAGAUUUCUGGGGACACUUGUAGUGGAGGAGAUGUUGAAGCACGACUGGAAGGAGAACUGGUCCCUUGUCCCCUGGCAG